AUGUUCCCCACCCCAGGGCACCUCUGAAGCAGCAUGGCCCAGACAGGUGCCUUCCUCCGCAGCCCUGGGUACCUCACCUCUGCCACGCAGGCCGCCCUGCUCUUCAGCCUGGUCCUCACCUCCUUCUACUUAUCCUGCGGUACAGAAGCCAGCAGCAGCAACUCAACCCUGAACACACACCACCCAGACCCUGGGACCCCGGAGCAGUGUGCCAACGUCGACUUCUGCCCACUAGCCUCCCUGUGUUGCCGAGCUUCCGUGGACGAGUACGGCUGGAUCGCCGCGGCGGUUGGCUGGAGUUUCUGGUUCCUCACUCUCAUCCUGCUGUGUGUGGACAAACUGAUGAAGCUAACUCCAGAGGAGCCCAAAGACCUGGCAGCAUGA